AUGAAUACUAACGCGAACAAUUAAUCGUGCAGCGCCACACCGAAUAGCUUUCGAUCCGGCGACGUUUGGCAGCUUGGAUUUCGUCCCCAAUUUCUAGGACGUUUAGAGCUUAACCAAAUUCAAGGACCUUUUGGCAUAAUGCAGGGCCAGGCGGUGCGCACGAUGCUGGGAGCCAGUGCCAUGUUCCGGUGCGCCGGGAGCAGCGCGGGGACCAAUGUUUCUGCCUUCCUCACGACGCCUUGGCUGGCACAAGCCACGCGCUCGGUUCAGGCGCCCGCUGACCCCAGCCGCCCCGUCAUGCUGCUGACACCCAACAACGUCUGGUGCAUCGGGCGCAACUACGCGGAGCACGUGCGGGAGCUCGGCAACGAGGCGCAGCCGGCGGGCGAGGCGCCCAUGAUCUUCCUCAAGGCCGGCAGCAGUGUGGUGCCGCCCGGCAACAUCCACCUGCCGGGGUGGAGCCAGGACGUCCACCACGAGGUGGAGCUGGCGGUGGAACUGGGUCACGACCUCAAGCCGGCGCGGGCGGCCGUGGCGCUGGACCUCACAGCGCGGGAUGUGCAGUCCAAGCUCAAGUCCAAGCAGUGGCCGUGGACACUGGCCAAGAGCUUUGCCGGAGCCACGCCGCUGGGUCCUGCGUUCAGCCUCACGGGCGUGGACCCGUCCAAGCUGUGGCUGACACUGGACGUGAACGGCAAGCGGCGGCAGACGGGGCGUACCAGCGACAUGAUAUUCAGCCUGGACACGCAGCUGUCGUACGUGCGUCAGCACUUCCCGGUGGUGCCCGGCGACGUGCUGCUGACCGGCACCCCGCACGGCGUCAGCCGAAUGGCGGCCGGCGACGAGAUCCUGGCGCGCGUGCUGGGGCCCGAGGGCGAGGUGCUGAGCGAGGCGGUGUGGCAAGUGCGCGCAGCCAACCCCAAGUGAAUGCAGGUCAUGUAGUGCUUCAGGCUGCAGGGUUGCAGGGUUGCAGGCGGCAUUUGGUGGGCCUGUGCUGCCAGAAGAGGAGUGGCGCUUGAGUGGGGCUUAGGCAGGCGUGCAUGCCUUUGAGUUUGUUGGGCAAGUUGGGUUGGGGAGAGGAGGUAGCUGAGUGUUGCCUGUGACGCGCCGGUAAGGCGGCGUUAUGUCCGAGGGAGGUACAGCGUGGACGCGACGCAACGAAAAAGCUGGCGGAAGACAGUUAGUUUGGCGUUCGGCGGUGGCGGCGCACGGGGCAGCAGCAGCAGCACGGUACGAAGGUUUGGAGCAUUUCAAGGCGAGAACAUAUUGCACACAUUGAUUGGAGUGUCAAUUGGUACUGGACACUGGCACGGUGUGGUGGAAGGGAAUUCUGGAAGCGAUGGGCGACGCGGGGUCUUGCAUGGUGCCACGUACGGUCCAUGGGCGCAUGGCCAGCUGCCGCUGUGCGUUGAGGAUGUGUCGCCUCGAGAUUGUGCACCAUUAUAAAAACGUUGAUAU